UUCACCGGUUGCUUCAUGAAACAUCGUGAUAUGUACAACCGAAAUUAUAUGGAAUAUUUUUUUAGUUUUAUAAAAAUGUUUGGACUGAAUUUUUAAAACGUAGUAUAUUCAAGAACGUAAUCGUUGUUUCGAGUUAUUUUUCUUAUCUGAAAUUACACAUGUCUAUUCUCUACUGCUCAAAGAUAUUUAUAUUAGUUUUAUCUUAACAUUUACUUGAUGAAUAAUGCUCAAGAUUGCAAAAUAGAUAAACUGACACGAUCAGAUAGUUUUCCAAAAUGCACCCGACAGUUCAGCUGAUAUGCUUGUUCGGAUCCGUGUUUGUUUACUGCUUCGCUAUUGGGAUCUAUGGAGCUAUCAUUCCUAAUUUUAUCCAGCAGAAGGUAUGCAGUUCCGAUGUUCAACCUGACCUCGAUACACCUUGCAACAACACAGAUACAGUGCUUGAAGCUACCGACAUAGCGACUACAAGAGGAGUUAUUCGGGAAGCUGUUCCAGUUUUCAUUCUGUUGCUGGCAGGAUCAUGGAGAGACGCGACGGGACUAAACAAGCCUUUGAUGUACUCCGCGCUCGUCGGGGAAAUCGUCGGAGUUUUCGUCCAGCUCUUGGCGACCUGGAAGUGGUCGAUGUCCAUUUGGACGGCCUCCAUCGCCGAAGCCGUCCUCUACGGAGCAUCCGGAGGCAGCAAACUCUUCUACGUAGCAGCAACGUGCGCUGUAACUGAUCAAUCGAACGAUGACCAGAGGACUACUAGGUUAGCAUUUUACCAAGUGGCAGCUUACGCGGGUUCUUGCCUGUCCAGUGGACUAUCGGGCUACAGCCUCCAUUUUCUUGGCUACCUGUGGUUCUUUAUCAUGGUCAUAUCUCUACACGUGCUCACUAUUGUACUAGUAAUAUUCUCGAAAGAAGCCGAAAACCGACUGAAAAAAGACGAAAAAGCGAAAAUAUUCCAAAAAUUGAAAGCCAUAACCAAAUCACGACCAAAUAACUUGGUGGUUUGGCUUAUGCUUAUCAGUUGUGUUAUCAUCAACGUCUGUGCCUCAGCGGAAAGCAACUUGUACCUCUACUACUUGCAGCUGACAUUUGACUUCACAGUCAAAGAAGCUGGACUUUACUCUGCGUUCCGUCUAAUGUUCGGUGUAGUGAGUACGAUGAUCCUAUCACCUGUGUUCACCAAAGUCUUAAAAUGGUCUGACUUCAGAAUCGGUAUUUUGAGUUCAUUCAUAACUUUAAUAGCGACUACUUCAAUGAUAUUCGCAAGGACAAUAGUACAUUUAAUUGUAUUUGCUUUAUUAGAUUUUUUGAAAAUAUUUGUCUAUACGUUGCCAAUGUCAAUAGUGACAAAGUGUGUGAAGAGUGAUGAAGUAGGAAUAUUUGUGAGCUUGCGUUUCAUUGGAGGAUGUCUGUCACCAAUGUUCGUUUUCUAUCUUUAUGAUAUUAUAUUUUCUGCAACUUCACAUAAAAUGCCUGGAGCAUUCUUCAUUGCUAGUGCCUCCAUUACGCUACUUGUCUUCUUGAGUUUCUGGAUAAGUUCCUGUAUCUACACAGAACCUGUCGUAUUAUUACAAAAUAAUUCCACGAUUGACAGUGAUGCUGAAAAACGUAAAAGUGAUGAGAUAUCAGAAAAUAACGGAUUUAUCGAAAAAGCAUUACCAGCAGCGUAAUUCUUG